AUGGUGAAAUUUCUUUCUAGCGAGACGCCAACUUGGCCCCCUUACACUCAAGGAAUCAACAAGAUAGUCCUUUUCCUCACCAACAAAGAGCACGGUCUCAGUAAUGUUCACGUGGCCACAGCCUCUGCUUUGCUGGAAAACUACCCCGAUAUUGAUGUACAUUAUGCAUCAUUUGCCGAGUUGAAGAGUAAGAUCGAGCGGGUUUCCUCCUUCGCACGCUCUAAAACGCCAACAGCCCGAGAUAUUGUCUUUCACGAGCUCAAGGGCGAGUCAUUUGAGAAGGCUGUGGUGGCUGAAGGCCUGACCCUUGAUUCUAUGAUUCACCCUCCUGGAUAUGCGGGCAUUUCGGGCUUAACAAAAGAUGUCCAACUUUUUAUUUCACCGUGGACCGUCAAGGCACAUUUGGAGCUCUAUCAUGAAAUUGGCCAAAUCAUUGAUCAACUUGAUCCCGCCGUCAUAGUACUCGAUACUCUGUUCAGACCGGCAAUUGACAUCACACGAGAUAAGAAUCGUGUACAUGCGAUGGUGACCCCAAACACGCUGGUGGACAACUUUCUAAGCCAUCAACCACAUGGUAGCAUGUUUUGGAAAUACCCGGCUCUAUCAUCAGGCUUCACUUUUCCAGUCCCCUUACGCAAGAUUCCAGAGAAUAUUUACCUUAACUUUCGUUUCAUAUACAGUGCCGUGAUGACUCCCGAUCUAUCUGCCAAGAAGACUGAACUCAAGAAGCAUGGUUUGCGUGACCCGAUCAAUUUUCUUGCGCUUCACCGCCCAGAUGUUCCUUGGAUUACAAUGACAACAGAAGGGGCUUCGAUUCCCGUGGAUUAUGUUCCACCUAACGUCUUUUGCGCCGGGCCUAUGUAUCUUUCUGUGGCCACAGCUGCUGAACAGGAUGCUGAAAUAGCAGACUGGUUGAAGAACGCUCCCACUGUUCUCCUUAAUCUUGGCAGUACUGUACAGUACACAAAUGAGCGUGCCGCUUGGAUGGUUACAGCCAUUGAGAAUGUUCUCUCUAAUAGCAGUGUCCAAUUUCUGUGGAAAUUUGCAAAGGUCGGUGAGUACUCUGAUGAGGUUCUUGAACCAUUACAGAAAUUCGUUGCCGGUGGUAGAUUGAGAAUGGAUAAAUGGCUGAGUGUUGAUCCAACGUCACUACUUGAGACUGGCGACAUCGUGGCUUCGGUGCAUCACGGAGGUUCAAACUGCUAUCAUGAAGCCAUAGCUACUGGAGUUCCGCAGGUUAUCUUACCUCUAUGGUCUGACCUCUACAACUUUGCUGCUCUUAGUGAAACGAUUGGAGUUGGAGUCUGGGCAUGUAGGAAUACUAGCCCUGAUUGGACUGCCAAGGGUAUCAGUGAUGCAAUCCUCAAAGUCGUGGAUGGGGGUGAGGCAAGUACUUUGAUGAAGCAGAAGGCCAAAGAACUUGGAAAGAGAAUUGCGGCGGGCGACAGGGGACGUGACAUCUCGGCUCGUGUAAUUGCGAAGCUGGCACAUGUGGAGUAG